AUGGAUUGCUACUUACAACCACUUUGCUCAUUACCUCCUGGCCAAGAAGCUGGGAAAGUGAAAGAACUUGCAGAAAAUAUGAAUAUUCAAAAGCAUAGGGAGUUACUCAUGCAGUUUUGUCUAGAAUUUCCAGAAGCUAAUUGUAAAAAAGCCCCUAAAGAGUUACCAAUUGACUUUUACAAUGCCAAAUGGUUUGCUCAACUCAACCCAGGCCAAAAGCGACUCAUCCCGAAUGCUGGACAAAAUUCCACUGAUGAAGAUGUCUCUCAAGGCCCUGCUGAUGAUGCUGAUAUGGAUGCCUGCAUCAAAUCAGGUGCCGCUCCAUUUCAAAAUUGGUGUCGCACGUCAAAUGGUCUAUUGUACAGUAUGGACAAGUUGAACAUGAGCCCUGAAGGUCUAGCAAAGGCAAGAAUUACUGAAGCGCUUGAAGACCCCUUGGAAAAUAUUCCUAUGGUCCUGACAGCCAAAGAGGUGGCGGCCCUGGACGCUAUUGAGACAAAUGAUAUGUUGUUGUUAUGA